AUGGUAAGCAUUACAACAGAUGGAGACAGAGCAUUCUGUGGGAAAAAUAAAGGUAUGGUGAAACUUUUAAAAAACAAGUUACAAGCCGAAGACACAGACAGUGAUAUUUUGGAUUUUCAUUCCAUUUUACAUCAGGAAAGCCUCUGCAAGACUGCACUAGACUUAAAGCAUGUGGUAGAUCCUGUUGCUGGUCUUGUGAACACAAUCAGAGCAAGACAGUUCAAAUCUCUUCUUGAGGAGGUGGGGGCAGAACAUGAAGAUGUAAUUUACCAUAACAGUGUGAGGUGGUUGAGCUUGGGUGAAGUAUUAAAAAGAGUCUGGGCAUUACAGGAUGAAAUUAUUUUAUUUCUGGACACUAAGGAGAUAUCUAAUGAUUUUGUUGCAAAAAUAGGAUGUGAAGAGUGGAGAUAUGAUAUGAUGUUUGCAGCUGAUAUUUUUGAAAAACUGAAUGAGCUGAAUGUGACAUUGCAGGGAAAGGGGUUGUUUGCUCAUGAAAUGUGGACACAUGUCAAAGCAUUUAAAACAAAACUAGAUCUGUUUGCAAGGCAAGCAAAUGAAGGUAAAUUUUGUAAUUUCCCUUUAUUAGGGAAACAGAAAGUACCUGGAAGUGUUUCAGCUAACAUUAGGGAUUAUCUGCAGAGUUUAGAGGCUGAGUUUACUACAAGAUUUCAGGAUUUUGUGAAAAUUGAGCCUUAG